AUGCCAUUCUCAAUAGUUCAAAAACGUGGGCCAAAAGGAUACAGUGAAUUGUGCAUCGUUCCUGAUUCUUGGGUCCAAGGAACAAGCACUAAUAAAGUGUAUCUAUUUUGGCCAAACGUAAAAGGAAACAUAAAUCACCUAGUGAUGAAUGACAAGAGUGUUCCGGCAGAGGGAUGGACGAAACAACAGUGCUGGAUCAAAAGACAAAGAUUAUCGUACGAGGAUGCUGAUUCAACAAUAACGAUUAUGUCCGGCGAAUCGUCUACAGAUUCUGGAAUAGCACCGAUAUUAUCGAACAUGAAAAAACCAGUAUUAUAUGCUGAUAUGUUUUCGGAAAGAGUUGUAGAAAACUCUUUGAAACCAAUUUACAGUGAGAAUGAGGUAAAUGACAUAUUAUCUCAAACAUCACCUAUUCGAAGCCCGUUUAGCGAUGAAAAUGCGGUACGAAAUAUGGGGACGAACGAAGGAUGUACUGAUUGUGCAACAAUGAAAACAUUGUUGGAAGGACAAACCAGAUUAUUUAUGGAUAUUCGAGCUGAGCAAAAGCGUGAUCAUGAACAGCUGUUAAAGGAGCUGAAGAAAAUAACGAAUCGGGUAGGGAUUAUUGAAGUGCAACUAAACACUCUACUUAACCAUACUGAAGUAGGGUUUAAUGAUCAAACACGCUUCGAUCGACAAUUCGAUUUCGUAAAAGAGCUAGAACAAUUAGAAAAAGAUAUAGAAGAAGAAGAUUAUUUCAUCCAAAUAUCUGGCUUAUUAAAACAAGAACUUACAGAUAAAGAUGUUAAUAAUAGAAUGUUAGCAGCUCUGGAUGCACUUUUUGAAAGGAUUUUUUUAACACAAUGCACAUGGACAGGAAUUUCAAAAACUGGCAAUAAAAUUGCUAUGCAUACUUUUAGAAACGUGAUCAAACUAUUUCAGUGUAUAGGAAGUACCAAGCUAGUAAAGGUAACAGACGAAAUGGUAAAGCUGUUUUUUAUGAAAAGACUGAAACAUGCAAUUGAGCGAUCUAUGGCAAAAGGAUUUCGUAGAUCAACAUGCCGCAAAAGAAAGCUAAUAUAG